AUGUUCUCAUUCUCAGCUCCUUCAAUCGGCGUGCUCGAUAGUGCACUAGUGGUGUUAGCCGUAUGGGUAUCUCUCUACCUCUGGGGACAACGCAGGGACCCCACGCAGCUCAAUGGCCCGCCCCGCUCCAGUCUCUUCCUCGGUGUAGGGCAGCAGAUCCUAGAUUCGCCAGACGCCGGAUCGCUAUACGAGAAGUGGGAGCGAGAGUACGGUCCUGUGUACUCAGCGCCGAGCACGCUGUGGAAAGAGCGGAUCGUGUUGUGUGACCCCAAGGCCAUCGCGCACAUGUGGGCGAGAGACUCUAUUGUGUACGAUCAUCCGGCGGUGUCGAAGGCGCAGUUGAACCUCUUGGUUGGGAAAGGCGUAAUCUGGGCUGGGGGAGAAAGUCAUAAGAGACAGCGUAAGGCGCUAAAUCCGGCGUUCAAUUUCUCAUCGCUUCGCAAGCUGGCACCAGUCCUUUUUGACACAGCGGUUCGACUUCGGGAAACCUGGGGAUCUAUCUUGGAUGAGACAGGUGACGAGGGUGUCGUGAUCGAUAUGCAGAGAUGGAUGAACCGCCUUUCGCUCGACGCAAUUGGUCUCGCUGGCUUCUCACACGACUUCGGUGCGCUGAGCGGCAAAACAUCCGCCGUCUCCGAAGCACUCGAUGCCUUCGCGGAUCCGCCUCCGCCAGCUUACGAGUUCAUCGGUCUUCUCGGGCUUGUCUUCCCGUGGCUCAUGAACCUUCCCAUCCCCAAGACUCAGAUGAUACUCAAAGUAAACAAUGCGAUGGAGGACAUUGCGAGAGACCUGUUGGAAACGACGAAGAACGCGGGUGGGGAAGGGAGCUCGGUGAUGCAACUUCUGAUCAAGGCGGAGGACACGGGCGCGGAGGUCCGCCUAUUGCACGAAGAAGUUCUGGACGAGAUGAAGGCCUUGCUGUUGGCUGGCUAUGAGACGACGGCCAUUACACUUACGUGGACUCUGAUCGAACUUUGCAAGCACAGAGAUGUGCAGACCAAGCUGCGCACGGAACUCUCGCAGCUACCGUUUGAGGAAAUCGACUACGGCCAGCUCACGUCUCUACCCUACCUCGAUGCUGUCGUGCAUGAGAUUCUCCGACUGUACCCCGCUGUCCCCGAGCUCACUCGUAUUGCGAACGAGGACGACAUCGUCCCCUUGAGUACACCUAUUGUAAAUGCAGGCGGCAGAACAAUCGAUCACCUAACCAUCGCAAAGGGUACACUCGUCGCUACAUCGAUGCAAUAUGUCAACAGGUGCGAAAAGUUCUGGGGCCCCGAUGCGGCCUCAUUCCGCCCCGAGCGCUGGCUUGCUGCCGAAGCUCCAGGUGCAGGCGGUGUCCAGGGACACAAACACCUGUUCACGUUCGUGGAGGGACCGAGGAUGUGUCUGGGGAGAAAUUUUGCUCUUACUCAGGUGAAGAUGGCGUUAUUGGUGAUGAUCAGGAACUUUGAGUUCGAGUUUGAGUAUGGGGAAAAGACAGAGGUUGGAAUUGUUCAGGGGCUACUACCCCGGCCGAGAAUCGUAAG